UCGAAGGAAUCCUUGGAGGAAUUUCUAAAAGAAUCUUUGGAAAAAUUUCUUAAGAAAUCUUCAAAGGAACGCCAAGAUGAGUAAUGAAUACUUGAGGACAUUCCAAGAUAAAUUCUUGGAUAAAUCAAUGGAGAAAUGAUUUACGAGUCAUCCGAAGUGAUUUCAUCGUGCGGGUUCGGAGUGUAAGCGUGGCGGUCGGGUUUUUGUGCCAUUUAGUGUGAUUUUGGAGGCAAAGUGGAUGUGCCGCUUUUCUCAUUCGGAUCGGCCGCGUCGUCGUCGUCAAUUUGAAUGUGCACAUCGUCGUACCCGUGUGUAAUUGUAGCGGUUCAGUGUGAUUUCGGAGAAGAGACCAGUUAGUGGAAGAUGCUGCAGCACAUACGCACUGGACACUUCGAAGGAUAUUUAUUGGUGAGCUCGUUCCAUUUUAUCAUAAUAAUUAAUGCUGUAGGAUGUAGAAAAUUCUUCUCUGGUUUGUGUGUAUUUGUCUAACAAAUAUUGAAAAGUUCGUCACGUCAUGUGUCGGCGUUAGUUCCCAAUGCACAUUUAGUUGAUAAUAAAUAUUUUUCUUUCAUUUUUUGCAUUUACACAAAAAUUUGAAUGGUUCGUUAUCUUCAGUGUCGACACAUUUGUAAUAUUUUAGUCAAAAUGAAUAAAUGUUUUGAUUGAAAUAAAGGUUGCAUGAAUCACAUCACUUAUCAAAGUGAAUCCAAAUCAUGUGACUCUUCCCUCCCCACUAACAAAAACUCCUUCCCGUGACAGUCGUGGAGAAGAUGAGAUGAUUUCGGUCUCUAGUAGCAACGCACGUCACACUAACAUUCCUUCCCUUCCUCGAUGACCGUAAGGACGUGGCCGGCGCCGUUAUUGACUAAUAAAGUUUGGAAUUCUCGAACUGUGCACAUUGGGAGCGGUAGCUACUCCCAAGCUCCGUUUGUUGGAUCCUUGUGCAAUUUCGAUUGUUCUGGUCAAUCACGGAGUAGCAACUACGAAUUGUACGGUCAUCUAUGCUCAUGCUCAUGCUCAUGCUCAAAUCAAUGGAGAAAUGAUUUACUUCCGUGGAAAAAUCAUUUAGGGGAUAUUUCUAGGAUCUCCUGAAACAAACUAUGGAGGAAUGUUUGAAGAAAUUCUAAAAGGACUUUGAAGCCUUUGCAAGAAUCGUUUGAAGUACUCUGAAGUACUUUUGAAAACAUCCUCGGAGACAACACUGUAAGAAUACAUGAAAGAGUGUUUAGAGAAAUAUUGAAUGACACCCUUGCAUUAACCACUUGAAAGAUUCUUGAAGACAAAUUAUUAUUCAAGAAAAUGUUAAAAAAAAAUCGAAGUCGACAUUUUUUUCAACGCUUUGUACAAAAUACAACGGCGUGAUUAUUUGAGAGAAAGUAGAAUAGAUUAAUCAUUGUAAAAUAUGUAUAUCUGUAAUUUUCAUGGGGCCCACAAAUUUGGUUCCGCACUGGGCCCCCAAAUUCCUAGCUACGCCACUGAAUAAACUGUGUUUAUUCCCCCGCCAUAUUGAUUUCUUUGGUUUUACUUUUUCAAACCGUUCUGUAAAAAAUAUUUUCAUUAUUACAACGAUGCAUAUUUUAAAGGGGCACUUGAUUUUUGAUUCUUUUUUAACAAAUUAGACAGUAAAUUGCUUGUGGCAUUUAGAAUAGGUACUCUGUAUAGCAAAAAUAUUCCUCCAUAAUUCAAUGUUUUUUAAGAAGUUUUCGAGCAUUUUUUACAGAUUUCGUUCUGCAUGAUUAUUUUUCCAGGCUGAUUAUAAAUUAUUGAUGUGAACAUGUAUAAAUGUCAUGUUUAGUGUAGCUGGCAAGAGAAGAUUUUAUAAAUGCCAAACCACUUUAUCGAAGUGUUCAUAUGGUUUUCAAAACGCUUUUGUUAUGACCAUAACGUAGCUUGACAAUUUGAAUUGCCUCGUUGACAACCUCUUCACAACCCUCACCAGGGUGGGCCAACUAGCCCGAUUCUGCCCUUCGUGUGGUUUUGAUAGAAACUGUGGAGAUGAAAUUGUCAUGACAAGGGUUUUAUCGAUGUAGGUUUAGAAUUAUCUAAAACUAAAACUAAAAAUGUUACUUGGAAUCCUGUUGAACAGGACAACAGCUGUAGUCACUUGAGCUGUCCUUCGUCGAUGGAUACUAGGGCGAAGGAUCAAUUAACGACGUUUACUGGUUCAAAGAGUUAAACGCCCGAAAGAACUUAACGAAACUUUCAGCAUUUUGAAAUGCAACAGAGAGCAAUAUGGUUUGGCGGUUUCAAUAGAAUACACGAAACGCAUUUUUAGUUAGUUGUUAUCUUGUGUACAAACAUAAUCUAGUUUCCCAAAAAUAAAACUACUGAUAAAGAAAUUUGCUUAGAUGAUAGCACAGAUAGUUCAAAACUUGUUAAAAGCAAGUGUUAUUACCUAGCUGCAUCCAUUACUAUUGAACCUGCCAACCAUGUUGUUCUACAUUUUGUUAACCAUUGUCACGCUGGCCUACCUCUGGAUCCGCCGAAGAUAUUUCUACUGGAAGCGGCGUUCGGUGCCCUACGUUGAACCCAGCUUCCCCCUAGGAAAUCUCUGGGGUAUGAACAAGCGCCACUUUGGUUUGCUGGGUCAGGAUGUAUACAUGAAGCUGAAGGAAACCGGGAGCAAGCUCGGAGGAAUGUUCUUUUUCGUGAACCCGGUGGCGGUGAUUCUGGAUCUUGAUUUUGCCAAAGAUGUGUUUGUGAAGGAUUUUCAGUACUUUCAUGAUCGUGGAGAAUACAGCAACGAAAAGGUGGAUCCAAUCAUGGCUCAUCUGGUCACGAUGGAGGGAACCAAGUGGAAGAAUUUGAGGACGAAGCUUACUCCGGUUUUUACAUCGGGAAAGAUGAAGAUGAUGUUUCCGACUAUAGUGACGGUAGCUGAGGAAUUCUGGAAGUGUAUGGUGGAAGAAGCAGGCAAGGGUGAAGAUAUUGAAAUGAAAGAGUUUUUGGCGCGGUUCACGACCGAUGUGAUUGGGAAUUGUGCCUUUGGAUUGGAGUGUAACAGCUUGAAGGACCCUGAAGCGGAAUUUAGAAAAAUGGGCAGGAAAGCGAUGGCCAUGUCACCGAUGGAAUUUUUGCGUAGGAGAUUGUGUAACUCAUUCAGAGGUUUGGCAAAAGUACUUGGAAUGAGACUCUCCGAUCCAGAUGUUGCUGAUUUUUUUAUGAACGCCGUUCGAAGCACCAUUGAGUAUCGUGAAAGAAAUGGGAUUCAUAGGAAUGAUUUUAUGGAUUUACUGAUUAAAAUGAGGAAUCCAGAAUCUAUCGAUGGGAGCUCUGAUGAGAUGGGUAUGUUGACAUUCAAUGAGAUUGCUGCGCAAGCUUUCGUGUUUUUCUUGGCUGGAUUUGAGACGUCAUCCACAGCAAUGUCGUUCUGUUUAUACGAACUGGCCAAAAAUCAAGAGCUACAGAAUAAAGCACGACGCAACAUUGCUGAUGUACUAGCCAAGCAUGGUGCGAUGACGUAUGAAGCAGUUCACGAAAUGGCGUAUAUUGAAAAUUGCAUUAAUGGUAUUCAGUUACUGGACUUCAUCGAUGAUAUCACUGAUUUCUAUCUUGAUUUCUAUUUCACAGAAUCACUUCGAAAAUACCCACCUGUGACAAACAUAGUACGAAGUGUUACCAAAUCGUACAGGGUACCAGGAAUGAAUGUCACACUUGAGAAAGAUUGCCGUAUUCUUCUACCGGUUUAUGCAAUCCAUCACGAUCCACAGCUUUUCCCACAUCCGGAGCAAUACGAUCCGGAUCGCUUCAAUGCGGACCAGAGUGCGGGUCGUCAUCCGAUGGCGUUUGUGCCGUUCGGUGAAGGACCUCGAAUCUGCAUAGGACUGCGCUUCGGAAUGAUGCAGGCACGCAUAGGCUUGACGUGCCUGUUGAAACACUUCCGUUUCACCUUGUCGGACAGAAUGCAUGACCCGUUGAUGAUGAAGUCGAACACUAUCAUUCUUGCUUCUGAAGGAGGUUUGUGGAUGAAGUUAGAGUGUCUUGAAGAUAAAUUAUAGGUGGUUGGAACAAAAGCUCAUUUUUUCCUGACGUUGAAAUUAUAUCUUCAUUGAACCAAUUCUUCAGAUUAGUGACCGAGACA